UUUAUAUUUUUUCAGUAUAUUACAACGAGGUAUCACCCUCAGCCUCAGCAAGGCAUUCAUCAUUACUGCAAUUCAACAUUCGGUGCUAGUGAAGAAUCCCCCCCCACCUUUUUUGCUAACCACUAACCCGUAUACCCACUAACUCCUAACCCGUAACCCCUAUAACUACUGACCAGUGAUCACUAACUACUGACCCCUAUAACCAUCACCCCCAACCUCCAACACAUUUCCCCAGCCUAUUCUGCUAUGUACCGGAGGAUUCUUCACUGGUGCCCAACAUUCUUAAUAACCUGUUUGCAAUCAUCAGUCAUUAGAAUAAUUUCAAACGUCUGUAGUGGUGGCCAUGUCCGAUAAAAGACCCGUGAGAGGUAGAGGUUGUGUUGCUUAUGGCUGUAGAAAACGAAAGUUUCCAAAGACUCGACCAAGAUCCAACAGCUCUGGUAGCGAAGACGAAGAAUCUGAGAUGAAACGGAAACAUCCACGUACAUUUCACAGCUUUCCAAAAGAUGUGCAGAAACGAAAACAAUGGGAAGUUAAACUAAGAUUACCAAAGUUGAAGUUAACGAAUUGCUCUUUGAUAUGCUCUGAUCAUUUUUAUGAAAGAGACAUAAUUCGCUCCAGUAAAAAUGUUAUGCUGAGGGCUGAUGCCAUACCUAGGAGGUUUAAAAAGUUUCCCAAGCACCUAAGAGAGAAACCUAAAGUUGAACGAAAACUGCCACUGAGAAGAAUAAAAGAGGAAAUAAUAAAUUCAGAUAAAGUCCCAAAAUUUGAAGUAGAUCCGGUGCUUCGCUUAGAUAAAGUAUUUUCUAUUGAAAAAGAUCACCAAACUCUUCCUGCAAAAAUAUCAUGCCACUUACCCGACCACACAUAUUGUGUACCAUCUAUUUCUGUAUAUGUCAAAAAAUUUCACAAAAAUCUAGCUAGGUUGGAGAAAUCGCAACACAAACUUAGGAUGCUAAGGCAGCAUAAUAAGCGUUUAAUACGACAGCGUUCGAAGUUAAAAUCAACUGUAAAUCAAUUAAAAUCAACUAUAAAUCAAUUACGCAAAAAAGAUAAACCAGUACCUCGAGGAAUAUUACAAGAAUGUUUUAAAUUGGGUAAAUUGGUACAGUAUUUAAAUAAAUAAAAACAUAGUUUGUAUUAAUUUACUGUUCACUUAUUAUCAGAGUAUUGUGAAAAUUUGUUAUUGGUAGUAUUGGAAAAUAAAAGUGUAUUAUAAAUGUA